ACUGGAAACCUGCUCGGGGCUGGAGCGUGCAGGCGGUGUCCACGUAGGGAUGAGCUCCUGGGAAGCCAUCGUGUGCGGCAAGGAAGAAAACCAAAGGAAAUGCCGCACUUUUAAAACAGGUGGCAAAACAUACAAGUCAGUCCCCAAAGGCAAGACAAGAAUCGCAGAAACAGCAUGGCAGAGCGCGCUGGAGAUCCUGAGAGACGCCCUGAAGAAGAAGGACCGUGUGCUCAUGGAGACGCCCCAGGACCUGAUUUCCUGCGACUCCGAACAGCCCUCAUUCUGGAUGGAGCGCUACGCGGUCGUGACGGAGAAGCGGGUGAGAGACCUCAUCUCAGUGCUGGAGGAAGUCAAGUUCAUGGAGGAUCUUUCCAAGAAGAACGCAUAUGCAUAUGUUUAUCCAAAAUCUAGAGACAAAACCAUUUAUUUGUGCCCGCUCUUCUGGGCGGCUCCGAGGCACCUUGAUAAAGAUUCCCAGCCGGGGACUUUAAUCCACGAGGCCUCGCACUUCCUGGGCACGCGCGACAUCACCUACGAGCCAUUUAGCUUCUAUGUUACCUGCAGGGGAGUGAUGGUGAAAAACAACUCGACAGACCCAGAUAGUCCAAAAUUUCUUCCUCUGGUGACUGCAGUGUUAAAUGCCAACAACAUCGCGUUUGAGUUUGAACUGACCCUGCGGCACCGCGGAGACUACAAGGAGGGCAGAUACUCCUGCUGCGGGGAGACGGCGAGGAACUCCGUCUGCGAGAGCGCCGUGCCUGACAAGUUCUUUGCUUCUCCGAGCAACCAGAGAGAAUUAAAAAGGAUGAGCAUUCCUGAAAUACUGAGGGGAAAGCUGCUGCCGGCCCGGGACAGACUGCAGCAGCAUGUAGCAGCGCUUCGGACAAUUGCUGACACCAUGGAUGCGGCGCACAGAGGAAUGAAGAAAGCAAAUAUUAUUGGAGGCAUUUUCAGCAUUGUGGGUGGGAUCACCACCAUCAUGGGGCUCUCCCUCGCCUCCGUGACCUUCGGAACAUCGCUGGUUUUCACGGGGCUCGGUGUCUCCUUGGCAGGUGGCCUGACUGGUGCAGCAGCAACCAGAAGCAACAUAUCGCAGAGCCAAGACAAGAAGGAAGAGUUCAACGGGCUCCUGGACCGGUGCGAGGCUGAGGUGCAGCGAAUCAAGCAGUACAUGGAGUACAUCUCAGUCCGGGUGCAAACGGCCAAAGAAGCUGUCAACAAGACUGAUCGGCUGUUUGCAAUCCCACAGAUCGGGGCAGCAGCAGGGCGUGUUAUGGAGAUGGUCAAAGCUGGACAGUUGCUGGGUAAAGCCGGCCACAUCACACAAUUAGUGGGAACUGCCACAAGCACCAUGACAGGCGUCACACUGGGCCUGGAUGUCUUCUUUGUAGCCAAGAAUGCCAUAGAGCUCCUGAAAGGCACCAAAACAGACCUGGCAGCCAAGAUCCGAGAGGCCGUCACUAAACUUGAGCAAGUGAUUGAGCAAGUCAACAACAUGAACAAGACGCUGACUGAAUGAAGCCAAGAGAUGCUGACAAUCACAGACAAAUAACGGGCCCAAAACCACGAGGGGCAGCGAUUCAACCCUCAGCCUCAUCCCAUCUCAACGGGGCCAAGACCUUCUGUGAUCCUGUGCUCAUGGCUAGAAAGGCUCAUGUAUCAGGCCUCAAAUUAAGCCUUAGAUUUCUUAGUUACUGCUAGUGUCUGAUGAACUUUUCUGCUGUGCAAGUUACAGCAGGUGCCAACAGCACACUCGCUAAACUUCUAACUUUGCUUUUGACAUCGGUCUUCUUGUCCCAGUUACUCGCUUUUCCGAUCCAUUGAGCCCUUUUAUGAUUCUGGACUCAUCUCAGAACAGCAUUUUACAAGUGUUGAGAAGUUUGGUUUGGCAUCUGGCUUCUGCGCUUGUUGAGAAAACCAGCAAGCACCUGGAUGCUCCUCCAGCCCCCUGGGGAGACACCAGAUGUGCAAACCUCAGAAACAGCUGCACCAAGCUCGCUGAAAUCUUGGUUGUUUUGUUGAGCCCAUCAGGAGCCAGGGACGCCGGCAUCACCCACUCAAUUCUCUCCUGCAUCGCACACCAUGAAGGGCCACCGAAGCCUCUCCAAAAGUACAGAGUCCAGAAGUCGCAGGUGUACAGAAUACUUCAGCCUUCAAAACUGGAAGCACUGGCCGGGGCAGAGAACGGAGAGACCACGGUGCCACAAACACCCAUGUUCCUUGCAACAGCAGAGCAGGAAACUGGUCCGGGGGGACACAACCCAGCAAGCCCAGCAGAUGAGCAGCACUCCACACUGCAGAGAAGGGUGAGAUACUGCCGAGAUUAAUGCCAGCCUGACCUGGGGGAGUCUCCAUCCCCACGGGGCAGUCAGAAUGACUCAGAGCUCCUAUGGCAAUUUGCCUGGGGCACACAAGACCGGGGGGAUCUGAACUGCAAGGCCUCUGGGCUUGAGGAUUGCACAUAAGAAGCCGGCCGUGGGCUUGGGAGUAUCUGCAAUGCAAGAGUGAUGAGUCUGGGAGGGAGGAGACGUGCCGGUGGUAGCACCACGCAGACCUGAACGACUGAGCUCCGCUCUGAGCUUUGCCCAGACGCACGCACGGGCAGGGGCAGCUCUGCUCCGUGGAUGGAACUGAUUUGGCUAACUUGACUUGAGAGACGAAAUUAAAAAAUACAGAAAACCCCCCAGUGAGUGAGACCCACAGCCAGACGUGGAGACGGGGUGCUCUGCAACACCCUGGAGCACAGCUUAUCUGCUGCCCAGCCUGCUCCAGCCCCGGUGGGUCUCUGGUGGGGACAAGGGAAAAGCCAAAAGUCUCCCCCUGACAGAGGAUGACUCCUUCAUUCCCUUCACUUCUCCCAGAAAGACUCAGCUCUGCCUCAUGCCCAAGCACAGCCGCAUGCUCCGGGCAAACAAGGGAUGGGAGAGGAGCCUGUGCUCCUUGCAGGACUGACCCAUAUCUGGUCCAUGCUCCUGGCCCCAGGUGAGCGCUCUUUUAUUGGAAGAGCUUCCAUUAUGAAGAGAAUAUUAAACAGGCUAGGACUAAGAAAAGUGUAACGCGGGCAGUACUCCAAGAGGUACCCCUCUCCAAUUGAAGGGAUCAGAGCAUGUGCACAAGUGCUGUGGGAGGUGUAGGGACCCUCCUCCCCCUAUAGAGCAGAGCCAGAUCACCAACAGGGACAAACCAUAUACCUUUUAAUGAGAAAAACAGUAGUGGGAACAUAACAUGUGUAAACCAGGGGGCACAGGACACUAUGACGGCCUGAGGGGGCAGGAUUCCAUAAAGGCUAGGCAUUUACAGCUGUACACAUAUUCAUCCAGUUAACAGAAGACCGGUUUAACAAAAUAGAAACACAAACAGCAGAACAAACAAUACUGGUUGGGGAAAUAUAAAAUGCACAAAAUACAAAACAUCAAAUAACAAGAGAUAUAGGGUAUAGGUACCGGGGGGGUGGGGGAAGGAAGGAGCCACAAUGACCCCCGUCCACUGCAACAAGAAUUUUCUCCCCACUACGUGGGCCAGGCAGGACUUAAACUCAGGCCUGCUGCGUGGUAAGCAGACACUCUACCGCACAGCCAACAGUGUUCCAAGCUUUUAGGGGUUUGACCUUCCAGGAGCCCCGGCCUCACGUCGCGCUGCCUGGUCUCUUGCUGGAGGAGCUGGAAGCAGAGCUGGGAGCCUCUCAGGUCACUGCUCAGAUCUUGCUGGAGCUGGGGAGCCUCUCCUGCUGGUCACAGCCUCUCGUCGGGGAUCCUGGAGCCCAACAGGAGCCUCUCCUGCCGGCUACACGCCGCGCUGCUGAGGGUCCCACUGCUGCCUGCAGGUCCCGCUCCUUCAGGCUCUUCUGGGGCAACUGCUCCUGCCGCGCUGGCCCAGCUCUUGCCAGCUCCUUGAAGCUCCUUCCUCACUGUCCCUCGCUGGUCUCCCCUGAGUCAGCCGCGCUGCCCCUUUUACCCCCUCCAGGUGACCCAAGGGGCCAAUCAGGACAUGGCGGGUGAGUCUCGGGGGCCUGAUUGAUGAGUAGAGGGGAUCUCAAGUCCUCCAAUCAUCUUUUACCCCUUCAAAACCCCUGGGCCAAAUCACUACCAGCUAGCCCAUCACAAAAGCUUAGAGAAGAGGUGCUAGAGGGAGAGACCUGAGAGAUGUUUGCAGAAUACUAAAGAGUGCAGAGCAAGUGAAGAGGGGUUUAUGUUUGACUGUCUCUCUUAACAGUAGAACUAGGAUAUGUAAAAUUAAACUAUGGGAUCCUAGGUUUAAAACUAACAGAAAAAUGCUUUUUCACACUGCUUUUUUGGACUACAGCCUCUAAAUCAGCACGGGGGUGCUUGUACAUGUGACUCCCAGACAAUGUACACGUGACGAAAAUGUCUCUUUGUGUGGCUUAUCGGCAUCACACUUUACAUGUACGUGAGUUUUUGGCCAUUUAAAUGAGUUUGAUUCAUCACAAACUGAACCCCAUCUGAUGUAGUUUAGUUUGUGACGAUGCUACUUGGAAUGGUGCAGCCCCACCCCUUGAUGGGUGCCCCCUCCGGUUGCCAUCUUGUGACCAGAAAUCCUGCCCCACUACCCUGUGACCUUUCCCACUGGAAGUUUCUCCCCUUCCCCAAGAAGUACUUCUUUUAGGGGUGGGGUUUGCUUGAAUAUUGUGUGUUGUGGGGUGUUAUACAAAUAUACUUUUUGCCUAUCACUUUUAAUUUGAUGUAUUUGCUUCAGUUUUGUAUUGCCUUAAGAAACUUCGUUUUGUAUUGCUUUGUAGCUUGACAUAAGUGUUUGACCUUUGUAUGCUGCACGUGUGAGAGAAUGGGUAAGAGUGUGUUUGUGGAAAAGAAAACAUCAUCUGGCAACUGGCUGAAGAAUGCAGACAGAUAAAAGUUCAAAACAAGAAGAAUCUGCACCGGAACAGCAAGAGAACAACGGCACUCAUCCUUCAAGGAAGAACACAGCGAUAACACAGGAAAAGCCCAGAGGACCGGGUGAAUUGACAAGGCUAUAAAAGAUGGGGUGAGACAUCGAUUUUGGGUCUUGCUCUGCAUGUCAUCCUGGAGCAUAGGUUCUUCUGAUGAGCUGGACCGUCAGGAGCCUGGCUCCUACUCGUGAUCAACUUGGUUGGCCUCUAAGUUGAUCUGAGUACUGAUAAGACUGGUAAACGUAUACCAAUGCAUAACAGAAAUUGGGGCAUGAAUGUGGGGUGUGUGUGUGUGUGUGUGUGUGUGUGUGUGUGUGUGUGUGUGUGUAUGUAUUAAGCACUUAAUCAAUAAAUGCAGCAUC